AUGGUGAUAAGAGGGGUGAAUGAUGGAACUCUUUGGACUGUUGGGAGAUAUUUUCCUAACCUGGAAGCUCUUGACCUCUCAGAGUUGGAUAAUUUGACGGGUGCUUCACUAAAAGAGAUUACAGAUGGUUGCAGAUCUUUGAACUCAGUCAAAUUUACAAGAAACCGAUUCAGUGAUGAAGGUGUAGCCGUGUUUCUUGAAGUUUGUGGUGGUUCUCUUAACAACCUCUGCCUAAACAAUGUCAGAGAAGUUGGUAAAGAAACUGCUAUUUUGCUCGCUAAAUAUUGUAAGAGGUUGCAUUAUUUGGACCUCUCGUGGUGUAUAAAAGUAACAGAAGAAGAACUAAAAAGGAUCAUGAGUUGCUGCUCGUUACUUAGAUCGCUUAUGCUAUUUGGAUGGACGCAGGAACUUUGCAAAAAGGCAAAUGACAUGGUUCAGGUGUGA